AUGCCGUUACUGGCCGAAGCCCCACCGAGAUCCAUUAAGAGUGUCCGCAGGCUAUGCUUUAUCAAUCCGCUGGGGAGCGAGGCACGGAGCCGCCGCCUCGUAAAAGCCCCGGCUCGCAGAUGUUUACGCUCCCUUAGUGCAAAAAAGGCUUUUAUCAUUAAAAUGACACCCGUCUCGGGCCGUCGCGUCGUCGGCACGUACGACCUUGCCCCAUCGACGUUGCCGAUACGAGCCACGGUCGGAACGAGGCGCGCGUGGGGAGCCCGUUUCACAAUCGAACCUUGUCCAACAUAC